GAUUUAUAUUUUUUCAUCCUUCAACUUCAACCCUAAAACCCUCACGGUGUCACUCGCCACUGUGUUUCUUGUUUCUCACUUCCACCGAUAAUUUUUCAUAUCACUUAUAGCCGUCGACGGUUCCAAACCCAAUUUGUUAUCUCUCUGCGACUUCCAGGAAAAGAUGCCGUUGGGGAUCAUUUUAGGAAUAGCAAGGACAUUUCGAAGGAAGCGGACAUCUUCCCUUGACAUUCUUUCACCAAAACGUGCGCCUAGUGGAUAUUACAAGGGAAAGAAUUGCAAACCUACUGGUUUCCACACUCGCAAAGGUGGGUAUGUAGUGUUGCAAGAAAAAUUGCCAAAUUAUGUAGUUCCUGAUUUGACUGAUUUCAAGCUCAAACCGUAUGUAUCUCAGUGUCCUUUAGAAGUCAAUGCCUCUGAGGCUUCCCAAACGGCUAAACAAACAAAAUUAGUGUAAGACUCUUUCUUUGUAACUGCAGAUAUUUUUCCAUGAAGAGGAGUUGGCAGGCCCUUCAUUUUGUUGUUUGUUCUCACUCGUUUUGAACUAUAACAUCUUGAGUAAUUAUUGACCGGCACAAAUAUUUGAUAUUUUGAUUGGAUAUUAACCUAUCAAUCAAUAUCAUUCAUAUAUGUAAUGCGAUGAAUGAUUUGGACUAUCAAAAUUAUCAAUAAAUUUUACCUGUUAUGCCCCAA